CCCAGAUCACAGCUCAACCCAGCAUCAGCAGCUAUGCCUAACAGUAUGGCGCAGGAUAUGCAGGAUUACGCCACUGUCCAGGAGGCGCAAUACAGGCAGAUACUUUUGGGACUUGACGAUCAAGUGGUCGCCAAGGCAAAGGCAUACAGGGAUGCCUACCAACCCUGGCUUCAGGCCCGCGAUCAGCUGAAUGAGGGGCGGGCUCGGACCCCUCAGCAGGGGGACGCUCUCCGUCUCGCCCUUGAGCGCGCGAGGGGGAACCUCCGGGAGGCCGACGAGGAGCUGCGGGCGGCGAUCGGGGAGCUGCUGCGCACUGCCGAGUACCACGACGGGUGGCAGCUGGUAACCGAAAGCUGGGCCGGCUUCCAGGCGCCCGGCGCGCCCGGCGGGGGCUCAGCCACGCCCCUGAUGUCCAUGCUCUCCUUUCACCCGGGGAUCGUGGUCCGCAAGGUGAUGAACGAGGCGUUCAACUACGCCUACGACCGGUGGUGGGAGCCGAGCGAGGGCACAUCGGAUGAGAGCUGGGAGGUGGUUUCCGAUCCGGGCCCGGAGCGUACUACCGAAGAGGCGGAGGCAGCGAAGGCCCGCUCGAAGCGGAUUAGGAUAAUCCUCGCGUCGGCUUGGGGACGGCACAGCCAUUGGCUAGUGACAAACGACAGUGACUACAUGCUUGAGGCGCGGCAGUUGGUCGCGGUCGAGCUUUGCCAGGCCUAA